AUGUCUGCCACUAAAGAACAAAGAUUGAUCACAUUGGAAAGAGAUGCGGAAAUUGCUUAUCCCUUCUUAGCAUCCGAUGAGUAUUCCUCCACACAUAGACAAGCAAAGGAUGAGUUCCAAAUCCAAGUAGUCCAACCACCGAAACAGGAAACAAAACCUAGAGAAGUAAAACCUUGGGUUCAUUUCAUUGCAGGUGGUAUAGGAGGUACUGCAGGUGCUAUUUUUACAUGUCCUUUAGAUGUUGUUAAAACUAGAUUGCAAUCUGAUGUUUAUCAUUCCGCAUAUAAUAAGACCCCGAAAUCCACAAAUCCGAUUAUAAAAAUGGCACAACACUUUGGUGAAACCGGACUGGCUCUUCGUGAAUUAUAUGUGAAAGAAGGUUCAUCGGCUUUAUUUAAAGGAUUAGGACCAAAUUUAGUUGGUGUGAUUCCAGCAAGAUCAAUUAAUUUUUUCACAUAUGGUUUUAGUAAAGAUUUACUUAUUAAUGCAUCACCAAAACAAAAGGAAGAAACCUGGAUGCAUUUAGUUUCUGGUAUAAGUGCCGGGAUUGUUACCUCUACUGCAACUAAUCCUAUUUGGUUGAUUAAGACCCGUUUACAAUUAGAUAGAUCAAAUGGUAAACAUUUCAAGAAUAGUUGGCAAUGUUUAAAACAUGUCUUCAGAACUGAAGGUAUAUUUGGAUUAUAUCGUGGGUUAACUGCUUCAUAUUUAGGAGGAGUUGAAUCUACUAUACAAUGGGUAUUGUAUGAACAAAUGAAGAUGUUUAUUAAUAAGAGAUCAUUGCAAAUACAUGGUGAAAAUCCAAUUAAUAAGACAACCAAAGAUCAUAUAAUGGAAUGGUGUGCUAGAUCAGGGGCAGCAGGUGCGGCAAAAUUCUGUGCUUCCUUGGUGACAUAUCCUCAUGAAGUUGUUAGAACUCGUUUAAGACAAGCUCCUAUAGAUGGGAAACCAAAAUAUACUGGAUUAAUUCAAACGUUUAGAUUGGUAAUGAAAGAAGAAGGUUUCAUCAGUAUGUAUGGUGGUUUAACACCUCAUUUAUUAAGAACUGUUCCUAAUUCCAUUAUAAUGUUUGGUACUUGGGAAUUGGUUGUUAGAUUAUUGUCAUGA